AUGAACACAUCAUCAAUUCCAGAUUGUGUUGAUAAAUGGGUGAACCAUAUACAUGAACAAAGUAUGGAACAAAGCCAAGAAAGUAUUGACAAAAUUGAGCCUCACUUAGGAAUGGAGUUUCUAUCUGAAGCAGAGGCUUAUGAGUUUUAUAAUAAAUAUAGUAAAGGAUUUGGGUUUGGUAUUCGCCGAGAAUAUUCAAAUAAAAGCCGAAUAGAUGGAGUUUUGACUUCAAGAAGAUUCACAUGCUUCAAAGAGGGUGCUCGAGUUAUUGACAAAAGACGCAACCCAACGGGAGAACCUAGAGCAGAAACCAGAACAGGAUGCCUAGCACGUAUGGUUAUUUCACUUGAUCGGAAGAUUGAGAAAUAUAAAGUUGUUGACUUUGUAGCUCAACAUAACCACCCUCUUUUGCCGCAGGAGUAUGUUCAUAUGAUUCGCUCUCAUCGACACAUUUCUGAGGCACAAGCAUCACAAAUUAUCUUGGGAGAAGAAUCUGGAUUAAGACCAAAAGAUUUGCAUGAAUAUAUAUCCAAGCAAUCCGGUGGAAUAGAGACAGUUGGUUUUACCAGACAAGACCUGAAGAACUUGCUUAAAACCAAAAGGAAGCAAUCUCUAAAAUACGGUGAAGUGGGUGCAUUGAUGAGAUAUUUCAAACAAGAAAGUGAAAAUCCAUCAUUCUUUUAUGAUUUUCAAAUGGAUGUUGAAGAACAAAUAACAAAUAUAUUUUGGGCGGAUGCACAAAUGAUAAAUGAUUAUGGGUACUUUGGUGAUAUCGUCACUUUUGACACCACUUACAAGACAAAUAAAGAUUGUCGACCGUUGGGAGUAUUUGUUGGACUUAAUAAGCAUAGGCAAACAAUCAUUUUUGGGGCAGCAUUGUUAUAUGAUGAAACAAUACCUUCUUUUCAGUGGUUGUUUGAAACAUUUCUCAAAGCGAUGACCCAAAGAAAGCCUAAAACCAUUCUAACAGAUCAAGAUGCUGCAAUGGCUAAGGCUAUUUCCUUGGUUAUGCCAGAAACUUUUCAUGGAUUGUGCACUUGGCAUAUAAGACAAAAUGCUUUAAGGCAUGUGAAUCAUUUAUAUCAGAAGAGUUCAAAAUUCGGAUUGGAUUUUGAAGCAUGUAUAGAUCUACACGAAGAGGAAGGUGACUUUUUGAAUGCGUGGAAUUCUUUACUUGUUGAACAUAAUGUGCUGGAAGGUUCAUGGUUGCAUACAAUUUUUCAAUCAAAGGAAAAAUGGGCAUGGACUUAUGUUCGAAAAACAUUCACUGCAGGUAUGAGAUCUACUCAAUUAAGUGAAAGCUUUAAUGCUGAUUUGAAAAACCAUUUGAAGUCAGAUUUAAAUUUGGUUCAAUUUUUUACUCACUUUAAAAGGGCUGUUAAUGGUAAACGGAACAAUGAGUCAGAAGCUGAAUAUGAGUCAAUACAUAAGUUGCCUAAAUUGAAAAUGAAGAAGGCUCGUAUGCUCAUACAAGCCGGAAGUGUUUACACUCCAAGAAUUUUUGAGGAAUUCCAAGAGGAGUAUGAAGAAUAUCAAGACACUUGUGUAAAGGAUUUGAAAGGAGGUUUGUUUGUUGUCACAAAUUAUGACAAUACAAAAGAAAGGAUAGUAAUGGGAGAUCCUAUGGAACAAAAAGUUUCUUGUGCUUGUCGUAAAUUUGAGACACAUGGCAUCUUAUGUAGUCACGCUUUGAAAGUUCUAGAUGUCAUGAACAUAAAAUUAAUUCCGGAACAGUAUAUACUCAAGAGAUGGACAAGAGGUGCAAGGUUGAGAAGUAAUCAAGAUUGGGAUGGAAGGCAUGUUGAAUUAGACAUGAAAGCACACUUCAUGAAGCGAUACAAUGAGUUAUGUCCUCGAAUGAUCAAAUUGACCAACAGAGCUUCGGAAUCACAUGAAACUUACACAUUUUUGUCCAAAGUCUAUGAAGAGUCGAGCAAAAUAAUUGAUGAUAUGUUAGCAAAAGAAUAUGUGGAUGAAAAAUCAAGUGGAAUGGUCCAUGUAUCAAUAUCAAUUGCAAAUGAUGAGAUUGACAACAUUGACAUCGUUGGUAUGGCAAAAGGCAUAAAGAAGAAAAAUUGUUCUCGUAAUAACAAAAAACGAGAUAAGUCUUGGGUUGAGAAAUUAAAUAGAAAGACAAAGAGAUACUCACAAAAAAAGAAAAUGAUCUCUCCAGAAAAUUCAGCACAACCGUUACCGCAACAAACUCCAAUCCAAUCAAUUCAAAGUGACAAUGGAAAUCAACAUCAAGCUAACUUUCAAGCGACACAAUCAAGUCAGAUUGAGAAUGAAACUCAACAUCAAGCUACUAUCCAUACAACACAAUCAAGUCAAAUUGACACAUUGGGAUUUCACAACUUUUUUUAG